AUGAUAAGUUACUUGGAAAGUUUGAAAAACUGUGAUGCUGAAUUUACACUGGAAGAACAAAAUUUAUCUGCGGCAGCUUACAAGAAUCUGAUAGAUCCAUUGAGAUAUUCUUUAAAGGUGAUCACUUCUGAAGUUGUGAAAGCGGAGGAAGAAAACUCGCCCUACUUAGAGUAUGACAAACUCUUCGAAAACCAAGUGAAAACCGAACUGCGUAAUCUUGUUCAACAGGCUAUGGAUCAUUUAGACGACAAUCUCACCAUACCGCAUUCUAAAGUGGAAGCUGAAGUGUUCUGUUUAAAACUAAAAGCGGAUUAUUAUCGAUAUUUGGCAGAGCUUGAAGAAGGGAGUAACAGAGAAAAUGUGGCUGAAUACAGUUUGAUAGCAUAUAAACAGGCCAAUUCAAUAGCAACAAGUUCAUUGCCCCCAAAUAAUCCGCUUCGAUUGGGUGUGGCGCUCAAUUUUGCUACCUUCUAUCAUUCGAUUGCCGGAAAGACAGAUAUGGCUUUUAAAAUUGCUCGUCAGGCUUACACGGAUGCCGUGGCAGAGAUGGAUGAAACAAAUGAAGAAAAAAACAGCGAUUCAUCUCUGAUCAUGCAAGUACUGAAAAUCAAUAUUGCCUGCUGGAGCAAAGAACUACCAUUGGGUAAUUGA